AUAGAAAGGCAUAAACUACAACAGAUAGAAAGUCAAAAUGUACACCAGAUAGAAAGGCAUAAACUACACCAGAUAGAAAGGCAUAAAUCAUACCAGAUAGAAUUUUUGUCUGCGGAGUGUGAAUAUAAGCUAUUAUUUUACAAGCUAGAAUCUCAAGAUGAAAAUCAUCUUUAUCUUGUUCUACGCCAUCACUUCAACCUGUUGUCAAGAUGAAACAGUGUUCCACUGCUCUCCUAGACCUGGUUGUGAAAUAGCAAGAUGUGACCCGGUUGCUAUAGGAUGGGACAAACCAGGUCUCAACAUUGAUGAACAUCUUCGUGACAAAGAAUUUCCAAUAACAUGCAAAUCUAAGAAACCGGCACAAACCCAGAAUACUGUCAACCUGUUUCAUUUGGUAUCAAGGAAUAUUUUAGAUAUCGAGAAUGUUAAGUUAGAUUUAAAAGAACUGGAAGAGGAUCUCAAUGAUAAAAUGAAAAACAUUAACGGUUUUGGAAAGGAAAUAUCUGAAAGUCGCAAGUAUCGGAACAAAAUUGAAGAACAAUCGGAAGAAUUUAACAAUCUCAAAAGAAAAGACACACAACAAUCUGAUGAAAUGAAGAAAUUGAAGGAAGAUUUGGUUGAACUACAAGAAAUUAAUAGCAAGUUGGUAAAAGAAUUGAAUGAACAAAAGAAAACUAACGAUGAGAUGAAAGAAGAGGAUCCUCAGCAACGUCAACCUAGAUCUAGACAGAUCACCCGCCCAACAAUCAAUACCCAAACAACAUUGAAACCAACUCUUUCUCAAGAAAUCUGCAAAUUGAAGAUUGGAAAUGUUUGUUAUUUCGCUGUGAUCUCUGGUAAAGAUGGUGUCAAUUACUACAAAGCCGUUGAGCUCUGCAAGGAACGUAACGCAGAUGUUGGUUCGAUCCGAGAUGAAGAAUCCUACAAUGCGAUUAUGAAAUUUUUGAAGAGUAACAUUCCAAUGGGACAUUCAUGGGUUUGGAUAUGGACAGGAAUCCACUUUGAUCCGAUAACUAGUGACGUCACACCUGCGGAUUCAUUUAUUAAAUGGUAUUCAGGUAAUCCAUCCACGGGAAUUGAUUAUAAGGAUCGUACAAAUGUUUAUCUUAGUGUUCAAUCCAAUCCGAAUGAUCUUUAUCAAGGGAUGUGGAAUGUUCAUCCUACCUGGGAGUAUCAUGGAGUUAUUUGUGAGAUCCUGAUCUAACGUCUUACUCGUUGCAUUUUCUCUCUCUUGAACCGUCAU